CGCGACGCGACGCGCGCGCGCGGCGACAUGGCGCCGUUUCUCGGUGGUAUGCGCGGCCUGACGGUGUUCGUGCAAGACGUGCGGAACUGCAGUAAUAAGGAGCAAGAGCGCGCGCGCGUGGAGAAGGAACUGGCGAAUAUUCGACGGAAAUUCAAUAAGACCCACCGCGCGCUCACGGCGUACGAACGGAAAAAGUACGUGCUGAAGCUGCUGUACAUAUACAUGCUCGGGUAUAACGUGGACUUUGGACACACCGAGGCGCUGAAGUUGAUAUCGGCGUCGUCGUACGCGGAGAAACAGGUUGGGUACAUGACGACGUCGGUGAUAUUGAACGAGAGAAACGAGUUUUUGAGAAUGGCCAUCAAUAGCAUACGCACGGAUGUGAUCUCGAGCAAUGAGACGAAUCAGUGCUUGGGGUUGUCGUGCAUCGCGAACGUCGGGGGGCGGGAGUUCGCGGAUUCGUUAGCUGGGGACGUGGAGACGAUUGUGAUGACGCCGACGAUUCGGCCGGUGGUUCGGAAAAAGGCGGCGCUGUGUCUGUUGAGGUUGUUUCGUAAGAAUCCUGAAAUUUUACUCGCGGAAACGUUCGCGUCAAAAAUGACCGACUUACUCGACGCCGAGCGCGAUUUGGGGGUGCUCAUGGGCGUCUUGGGUUUGUUGCUGGGUCUCGUGCAGCACGAUUACCGAGGGUACGAGGCGUGCGUGCCCAAGGUCAUCGCGUUGUUGGAACGAUUGACGAGGAAUAAGGACAUUCCGCCCGAGUAUUUGUACUACGGUAUUCCCUCUCCAUGGUUACAGGUGAAGUGCAUGAAGAUUUUGCAGUACUUUCCCACACCAGACGAUCAGGCGCUGCUCGAUUCGCAGCUCAUCGCCAUGCGAAACAUCCUCACCAAGACGGACACGGUGAAAAACUUCAAUAAGAACAAUGCGCUGCACGCCAUCUUGUUCGAGGCGAUCAAUUUAGUUACUAGCAUGGACUACGCGCACGAACUGUUGGACCCGUGCGUGGAGAUUCUCGGGAAUUUUCUCGACAUGAAGGAACCGAAUAUUCGCUACUUGGCUCUCAACACGCUCAACGCCCUCGCGGCGAUGGCGGAUUUGCGAGAAGCCAUAAAGGUGUACCAAGAGCAAGUCGUGGCUGCGUUGCACGACGCGGACAUUUCCAUUCGUCGCCGCGCGUUGACUUUAUUGUUUUCUAUGUGCGAUGCUUCCAACGUGCACUCUGUCAUCGAGGAGCUCAUCAAGUACUUCGUCACCGCUGAUUUUGACAUUCGCGAGGAACUGGCGCUCAAAACGGCCAUCUUGGCCGAGCGCUACAGCGUGAACGAUCGCAUGUGGUUCAUUGAGAUCGCGAUGCAAAUGAUAGACAAGGCGGGCGAUUUCAUCAACGACGACUUGUGGCAUCGCAUGGUGCAAAUCGCAACCAACGACGCGUCGCUUCACGGUCGCACGGCGCAAUUGAUGUUCGUCAAGUUGCGCGACGAGGGCGCGUCGAACGAACUCAUGCUUCGCGCGAUGUCGUACUGCAUCGGAGAGUUUGGGUAUUUGCUUCCCAUUCCCGCGUCGCAGUACGUCGAUCUCUUAGUGCCACUGUUCCAGGAUACGGAUGAGGUCACGCAGGGCAUCAUGCUCACAGCCUUCGUCAAGGUUGCGAUGCACAAGAAUUGCGAUCAGGCGUCGAUGGGUAAGAUCGUGAAGGUGUUCACCGACAUGAGCUCAUCGUUUGACGUCGAGUUGCAGCAACGUGCAAACGAAUAUCUGAAGCUCUUGCGUCUCGGACCGAACAUGCGACCGAUUCUCGAGCCCAUGCCCGAGUACCCUGAACGUUCGAGCGUGUUGGAGAAGCACAUACAAGUAGAAAACGUCGCCUCGGACGUCGCCGCGGGAGUUCGUAAACUUGCCAUGAGUGAUUUGCUCGGCAACUUGAUGGGCGACGGAUCUUCGGCGCCGGCGGCGCUUCCGCCGUCGUCGACUGGGAUGAAUCUCGACGAGCUUCUCGGAAACGCCCCUCCCGCACUUCCAGCGGUAGAAGAGCGUCUCGCACUUCCGAGUUCCACGUCACCUCCCGCGGGGCCGGUGACGACCACAUCGUCCGCAGACGCUUUAGACGAUUUACUAGGCUUAGGCGCGCUCGCGGCGACGCAACCGCCGCCGGCGACGCACGGCGACGCCUUAGACGCCUUUGGAGCUCUGGGUGCGCCGGCGCCCGCGGCGCCGGCACCGACGCAACCCGUGGCACCGGUACAAUCAUUGACGUCGAGCGACGGUAUUCAACCCACGGUGAACGUUCAAGACUGCGCGAAACGGUUCCUCAUCGCCGACAACGGCUUGCUGUAUGAAGACGCGAACGUACAGAUUGGCGUGAAAUCGCAGUGGCAAGGGUCUCAAGGUCGCGUGAUGUUCUACGUUGGGAACAAGUCCGCGAGCGCGGAUCUGCAAAACUUCAGAAUGGUCAUACCGUCGAUCGAAGGCUUGCGUCACAGUCUUCAACCCUUCCCCGCGUCCAUCGGACCGAAGCGCCAGGUGCAGUUGAUGUUGCAAGUAGCGAUUACGUCGGCGUUUGCCUCGGCGCCAAAACUCGAGUUUUCGUACACGUCCACCGCCGUCGCGGCGGCGUGUGCCAGGUCUCUGGAGUUGCCCGUACGUGUGACCAAGUUUUUGAGCCCGAUGACCAUCGCUUCGCCGCAAGAGUUCAUCGCCAAGUGGCACCAGAUGGCGUCCGCCGGGCAGCAACAGAAAAUUAUGGACGUGUCGCAGCAGUACGCGACGAGCAUCGAAAGCGUGUCAAACGCCUUCUCGGGCAUGCGGCUCGUCGUACAUAAAGGCUUAGAUCCAAACCCCGCAAACUUAAUCGCGGGAAGCCGGUUCGUCGGCGAACGAUGCGGUGAAGUCUUUGUGGGCGUUCGCGUGGAGAGCGACGCGAACGUGCGCGGACGAUAUAGAUUCACCGUCGCUUCGAUGGAC